UUGAAACCCCAAAACCUCCAGCGGCUGCAGCUGUGUGCGGCGGCGGCGGCGGCUCUGACCCGGUCCCGGCCGGCGCCUCCCCCUCGUGGGCCCCGCAGCCCCCCGCCUCACACACACUGCGCGACAUGGCAGGGGUGGCAGGAGGUGGCGGAGGAGGAGGUGGUAACGACUUCCAGUGGUGCUUCUCCCAGGUGAAGGGGGCUAUCGACGAGGACGUGGCGGAAGCUGAUAUUAUUUCAACAGUUGAAUUUAAUUACUCUGGAGAUCUUCUUGCGACAGGAGACAAGGGUGGCAGAGUGGUUAUAUUUCAAAGGGAACAAGAGAAUAAAAGCCGCCCUCAUUCUCGGGGAGAAUAUAACGUUUACAGUACCUUUCAGAGUCAUGAACCUGAGUUUGACUACUUGAAGAGUCUAGAAAUUGAGGAAAAAAUUAAUAAAAUUAGGUGGUUACCACAACAGAAUGCUGCUCAUUUCCUGCUGUCUACAAAUGAUAAAACUAUUAAAUUAUGGAAAAUAAGUGAAAGGGAUAAAAGAGCUGAAGGUUAUAACUUGAAAGAUGAAGAUGGACGACUUCGGGAUCCAUUUAGAAUCACAGCACUACGAGUGCCAAUAUUGAAACCCAUGGACCUAAUGGUAGAAGCAAGUCCCCGAAGGAUAUUUGCAAAUGCACACACGUAUCACAUAAACUCUAUUUCAGUAAAUAGUGAUCAUGAAACAUACCUUUCUGCGGAUGACCUAAGAAUUAACCUAUGGCAUUUAGAAAUCACAGAUAGAAGUUUUAACAUUGUAGAUAUUAAGCCCGCUAACAUGGAGGAACUAACAGAAGUGAUUACUGCCUCAGAGUUUCACCCACAUCAUUGUAAUGUGUUUGUCUACAGUAGUAGCAAAGGAACUAUACGACUCUGUGAUAUGCGUUCUUCAGCCCUCUGUGAUAGGCAUUCAAAAUUUUUUGAAGAGCCUGAAGAUCCUAGCAGCAGAUCAUUCUUUUCAGAAAUUAUUUCCUCAAUAUCUGAUGUAAAAUUCAGUCACAGUGGUCGAUACAUGAUGACAAGAGACUACCUUUCAGUUAAAGUGUGGGAUCUCAAUAUGGAAAACAGGCCUGUAGAGACAUAUCAGGUUCAUGAAUAUCUUCGAAGCAAGCUUUGUUCUCUGUAUGAAAAUGACUGCAUCUUUGACAAGUUUGAGUGCUGCUGGAAUGGUUCUGAUAGUGCUAUCAUGACUGGCUCCUACAACAAUUUCUUUAGGAUGUUUGACCGUAACACACGACGGGAUAUUACAUUAGAAGCAUCAAGAGAAAGUAGCAAACCUCGUGCCAUCUUAAAGCCACGCAAAGUGUGUACAGGUGGUAAGAGAAAGAAAGAUGAGAUAAGUGUUGACAGUCUGGACUUCAACAAGAAGAUCCUUCAUACAGCAUGGCACCCCACAGAGAACAUCAUUGCUGUAGCUGCCACCAAUAACUUGUAUAUAUUCCAGGACAAAAUUAACUAAAGAUGGCUUAUUUGAGGACAAAGUCGUCUUCUUGCAUAGUUAAGCUCAGUUGUUUCUGUAAAAGAGAAGGCCUUGUUGUCCUACCAGUAAAGAACAUUGAUGCACUUACUUCCCUUUAUAGAUAAAGGAGAGAAGCUUGCCUGGUUUUGAGUUCAUGGUGUAGUUCUGCCUUCAGUGAGGGGGGAUGUGAGUUGCAAUUUUCAACAAGAAAAAGCCCACUAGAAGCAGAAUUGAUGGACAGUGCUCAAUAAAGGCCAAUACUCAAAUGUAUUUAUUUAAGUCUGAGCCUUCCUUUCCAGUUUAUAGACCAAAAAUUUAACACCCAAGAAGAAAACUUGUCAUAAAAAUGUAAUUUCUGUCUCUGCGCUCUUUCUCUGCUGUAAUAUUUGGGCCUUUCAAAACAUAUAUUGUGCUUUAUGCCUGUAAAACGUUCCUCCUCUGGCCUUUUAUCUAGGCUUAGGUGUUUUUAUCUCUGAGCACUUAAGUAGGUCUUGAGUUGGGUGUGUAGGCAGACUUCCAUGUAUAUUUACUCACCAACUGUAUCUAUAACCACACCUUCUGGUGUAAACCACUUAAUAAAAAUAACAAACUAUAAAAAGUGUUUUUAAAUCUGAAA